AUGUCGAGCUCCUCCUAUGGAGAACUCAACCCUUACGAGGAGGCUCGGCUCUACACCAACAACCAUGACCGAGAACGAUACGAGAAUAUGGCCACGCUGUUCAGUCUAAUCGUAGCUCUUGACUAUCUCGAACGUGCUUACGUGCGCGAAUCCAUCUCCGAGAAAGAAUACGCACCAGCAUGCACAAGGUUGCUAGCACAGUACAAGACCAUGCUCAAACUCAUUGUCGACCAGGAAAACAACUCAUCCAAGCCUAUCAACGAUCUAGCCGACUUCAUGCGCACAUACAAGAUGAACUACCUUGCUGCAGUACAUCGACUCAAUGUUGGCGUACCAGCUACCGUGGAGCACGCCUCAUCAUCUUCUUCACAGACAUCCUCCGAGAGGGCAAAGUGGGUCGCCGAAACAACACAGAACUUUAUUACCUUCAUGGACGCUCUCAAGCUCAAGUUGCGCGCCAAAGACCAGUUGCAUCCCAUGUUGAGCGAACUUAUGCGUGGCUACAGCCGCAGUGACGAGGUCGGCAAGGACUCGGAUGCGGGCGAGACACGCGCAAAGUUGCUCAAAUGGCUCAUCACACUCAAUCACAUGAAGGCAAGCGACGAGAUCGACGAGGACCAAGCCAGGCAGAUGCUUUUCGAUGUCGAAGGCGCUUACAAUAGCUUCUUCCGCGCCUUACACGACUAG